AUGGAGUUUUCAAGAUUUGUCCUUUUUUGUUAUAUUUUGGGAAUAAAACAAGCUCUUGGGGUGAAUGAUCUCUCGAGUUUUAUAGACUCUUCAAGUACUAUAGAUAAUUCUAUAUUCAAUGAAUAUGAACAAAGUAAAAAUGAAUACCAAAAAUCGGUUUUAAGUUCAGAAGUAAAUAAUAAUUUAGGCCGAGGUUUUCCAAGUAGUACUAGAGAUAACUCCAAUGAAAGUGAGCUAAAAGAUGGAUUUGUUGAAUUUAGUUCUAUAAGCUCUUCAUACCAUCCUAACUCAGAAUUUAGUGAAAAUUUAAGAUUGUUCUCAAACUUAUUGAUCUCGCCAAUUAUGGAUAAAAGUACAGCAAUACUAGGAGAAUUAUCAUUUAAGUAUUCGCUUGAUGGAAUCAGAAGUGAACUUAUUAAUGCCGAAAAUUAUUACUCACCUACAAAAUUAUUUAACAAACUCUUUGGCCCCAGAGGUGAGAAAAAUAAUACUAGAUUAUUAAGGUAUGGAUUUUUACACGCAUUGAUAAACGAGAUUAAUAACCACUUUCUAAAAGAAAUAGACUUCAAGUACAAAUUGCAUCGAGAAUUACUAACUGAUACGCUCAAGUAUGAAGAAUGCAUAGGUCUUUUUAAUGAUGCAAAUAAACAAAAUAAAGCUUUACUCACAAUGAUUAACAAAAGGAUAUUUGAAAUAAUUUGUGAUCAAGUAGCAAAUAAUAAUUCAUUUAUUAAAAUGCAAUCUUGGGAUAAUCAUAUAUCAAAAAUUAUUAAUCAUAUUCAAAAAAGCAUUCAUUCCAUAAGUGAAAAUUUCAACGUUAAACCAAAAGCAAUGAAAAUAAAUGAUUUUCCUGAAGUUCCAGAAAUUAAAGUAAGUGGUACUGACAUCAAACUCAGGUAUUUAAACAUCGUGAAAAGUAUUGAUGCAAUAAAGAAAAAAGAGCAUGUGCUAUUUAACAGUCUUAUUUUCACAAAAAAAAUGGCAGUUAGGAUUUCAACCCAAUACCUGCAAAACGGAAACGAAUUAGUUCAAAGAUGCAUAGAAAUAAUAAAGUUUGAGAAUCCUGCGUUAAUGAGGGAGAAGUAUCAAAGAGAAAAAUUAGAACAGAUAUGUAAAAUAUCAAUGGGCAGUUAA